UUUGCCAAUCUCGAUCAAAUGAGCUACCAAUCUCAAACAUACAAGACGGGAUAGUAAACUUGGAAUUAAGUAACGAUAAGAAAAAAGCAGUUUAUCAUCUUGCCGAUUUUAAGGAUAAAACGAACUGAGUUAACGAAUUGAAAUUUAAGAAUGUUGUAUAUCGCUGUACUUCUGAUUGUUGCGGGACUUAUAAGCGCGGCACCCAUCGCUGACCCACAAUGUAACACGAGCGGCUACCAAAUCAUCCCGAAGGCGGACUGCAAGGGCUAUUACCUUUGCGUGUUCGGGCGGCCAGUCGAGAUGCCCCCGUGCCCUACGCGUUCCAAAUUCAGCGCGAGCGUUAACGUGUGUGUGCCGGAAGGCAGCGUUUUUGACGACUGCAAAUCGGAAGGCGGCUUGCCGGUGACGGACGGGUUACCAAUCAUUCCUGACGCUGGUCCGCUGUCUAUCGAGGAGCGUUGCAACAUGUUUGGCGGCAUAAUCGCCCAUCCCACGGAGUGCCAGGCGUACUAUAACUGCAGCGUGCGCUACCAGGACGUACCUCGGUUGCUGGAGCAACAUCUGGUCGAGUGUCCGUACCCCGAACUCUUCAACGCGGAGACCAAACAGUGUGAACAUUUUGAAAACGUGAAAUGUGGAUCUAGACGAGAAUUUAAAGAUGCUUGCGACUACAGAAGGAACGGCUGCCCAGCAGCCCACUGUAUUCCUUGCAAUGUCCGGUUCGGCAACUGUGAGGGGAAACCCAACGGUCUUGCACCGCACGAGUCGAAACUGUGGAGUCCAUACUAUGUCGUAUGCUACAAAGAACGCGCCGUGGAGCACAACACGUGCAAAGCAGACGAUAGCGGACGGACGCAGUUAUUCCAUCCGGACAUGAAUCAAUGUGUUCCCCUGGACAUGAUCCCGCGAGAUCACGGAGGAAUGAUGCCCGAGUGCGAGGCCAAGUUAGACGGCCUCUACCCGGAUGUGUCGGGUCGGUGUGACCGAUAUGUUAACUGCAAGGGCGGCAAGUACGCGGGCACUGUCAAAUGCGCGGCCGGCGAGGUGUUUGACUUCACUCGUGCCGCUUGUUUGCCGGAACAUCAAGCCUGUGGGCCGUGCGGCAAGCUCGAAAACUGGUUGUAUAUCGCUGUACUUCUGAUUGUUGCGGGACAUAUAAGCGCGGCACCCAUCGCUGACCUGAAGUGCAACACGAGCGGCUACCAAAUCAUCCCAAAGGCGGACUGCAAUGGCUAUUACCUGUGCGUGUUUGGGCGGCCAGUCGAGAUGCCCCCGUGCCCCGCGCGUUCCAAAUUCAGCGCGAGCGUUAAUGUGUGUGUACCCGAAGGCAGCGUAUUUGACGACUGCAAAUCGGAAGGCGGCUUGCCGGUGACGGACGGGUUACCAAUCAUUCCUGACGCUGGUCCGCUAUCUAUAGAGGAGCGUUGCAACAUGUUUGGCGGCAUAAUCGCCCAUCCCACGGAAUGCCAGGCAUACUAUAACUGCAGCGUGCGCUACCAGAACGUACCUCGGUUGCUGGAGCAACAUCUGGUCGAGUGCUCGUACCCCGAACUCUUCCAUGCGGAGACCAAGCAGUGUGAACAUUUUGAAAACGUGAAGUGUGGAUCUAGACGAGAAUUUAAAGAUGCUUGUGACUACAGAAGGAACGGCUGCCCAGCCGCCCACUGUAUUCCUUGCAAUGUCCGGUUCGGCAACUGUGAGGGGAAACCCAACGGCCUUGCACCGCACGAGUCGAAACUGUGGAGUCCAUACUAUGUCGUCUGUUACAAAGAACGCGCCGUGGAGCACAACACCUGCAAAGCUGACGAGAGCGGGCGGACGCAGUUAUUCCAUCCGGACUUGAACCAAUGUGUUUCCCUGGACAUGAUCCCACAAGAUCACGGAGGAAUGAUGCCCGAGUGCGGAACCAAGUUAGACGGCCUCUUCCCGGAUGGUUCCGGUCGGUGUGACCGAUAUGUCCACUGUAAGGGCGGAAAGUACGCGGGCACUGUAAAAUGCGCGGUCGGCGAGGUGUUUGACUUCACUCGUGCCGCUUGUAUGCCGGAACAUCAAGCCUGUGGGCCGUGCGGCAAGCAUGAAAACUGCUAAGAGCGUACAUCAAUAUUAGGUAUCGAGUGCGAACUUUUCCAGCGUUGAUGGCCAUCGCAGACCGAUUGAGUAUUGAACGAUUGUAUGUUCUUGCUGAGUUGAAUUUUGUUUGGUGGAAUAACACUUCGCGGAGUCUCACAGUUCAAGAACGAAUUCUUCACUUUUUUGUCCUUCAAGGACUCACUUACAUAUCUGUGAUAACAAUGUUUUGUUUGUUAAUAAAUGUUUUAUAUUUAUAUUUAAAUAUUUUAAUUGCAUCAUCUUUGAGAUAAUUUAUUAUUCGUUGUGCAUCAUAAAUAAUGUCACUAUUUGUUCGCUUGGUACUAGGUAGUGUGGCUGUACAUGUAUAUAUUGUUUUGAAAGUAAUCGGCCAAAUUUGCUGCAAACUAUAUAUUUUUACAAAUCUAUGCUAUUUAUUUCUUAUAUCUCCUACUAUAUAAUUUGUAAUGCAUAUUAAAAAUAUAUUUCAGUAUCUAAUUAAGCAAAGCUUUUAAUGAAAUGUAUCCAUGUCAACGAUACAGAUACCUUUUUUAUUGGAGCUACAUUUUUGCAAAACUAAUAUUACAAUAAUCUAUUCAACAGACUUUGUUCUAUUAAUUUACGCAAAGCUUUGUCUCCAAACAAAACUUGUUUAUUGUGUACAUUUCUAAAUAUGGGAAAUCCUGUUAAAUGUGACGUUGAUUGAACGGGCAUUGACGCUGAGUGUGUGUAAAGCAGAACGUUAUCAUGACGUGAUUCUUUGCAUGAUUAAAUGUUCAUAUUUUUCAUCAUCGUGCUCAUCGUGAUUGCUUGUUGUUGAAAUCCAUGUUAUAUAUAAUAAUACAAUGAAAUAAAAAUUGAUUGCAGCAUUGCACACCG